GAUGUAAACAAAAUUUAGCUGCAAUUAACAACAAGCAAGUGCAUGUACGAAGUGUGGUGGUGUAAAUAAUCGUUGUCUGCUCAUUCUCCGUAUUCUGUGUAUCUGUGAUCAUUUGGUGGCUUGCUGGGUCAGUAGUGCAGUAACAAUGGCAACAACAACCCGGUCUGCAUCCAUCCUGGCUGAGGAUAGUGAAGCAAGUAGUGUGGCGGAACUUCUACUUGAAGCAACGGAGAACCAAAAUCAUAGUAUCUACCUGAACUACAAGGGUUUAACUGAUAUCCCACCGGAACUUGUAGAUAACGAUGAGACAUUCAAAAACCUGCAACACUUGUUCUUGAAACGAAAUCUGAUCCAAACCUUGCCAAGUAACAUCGGCAAUCUCACUGGACUUGUUGAACUAUACCUCCACUCAAACUGUCUCACCACAUUGCCUGAUGAAAUCUACACCUUAUUUAGUUUACAAUCUUUAAACGUCAGCAACAACCAACUGAAGAGCUUGCCGGCUACUCUAGGUCAACUCUCCACGCUGCAGAAACUCUUAGUGUCGGAUAACCUCCUUGCUACCCUGCCACCAGAGCUAGGUAAGCUGCAGGAGCUUAGCGUUCUUGAAGCCAGUACUAAUCAACUCACAUCCUUGCCAUCGGAGCUCUGCCAUUGCAGCAAGCUUCGAUCAAUAAAUGUCACCAAUAAUCAGCUUCGAUGUUUACCUCGGCAGAUCAUCAAUCUGUCGUACUUAAAGGAACUAACCGCCAACGGAAAUAGAUUAGUCUACCUACCGAUGGAUCUUGGCCUAUGGCAGGAGCACCUAUCUACAGUGUACGUUGAUAACAACCCGAUGCUACACGCUUUACCCUUCAGCUUAUGGCAGAAGAAGAUCGGUGCAACAAGGUGUGGAACCCAGACUCUAUCAGCAGAACAGUGCAGUAGCAAGCGUACAAUACAGGCCAAUAGUCUGACAGCAAUCCUACCACCUGAGCUGAGGCUUGUUAAAGAUGGCAGUGAACCGCACAAAGAGGUCCUCCCUUUGCUUGAAAUUUCUCUUGCUGUAGUGCAUCGCCUUAAAGAUCGUCUGGAUAUAUCGUCCCUACCAAGGACCAUAGCUGAGCUGGUGACGUGUCCCACAGCCCACUGCAUGGCCCCAAGCUGCUGUGAGAAACCUAUCUUCACUGUAGCGUGGGUUCAUCUACUCAAGCUAGAAUGGGCUCAACCGUGGCAGCGAUCACCAGGCAGCAUUGGAUUUGCGGGUUUAUGUUGCUCCAAGCAAUGCUUGAGGACAUUCAAGAGGAUUCCAGUGCCAACCUUCUAAAGGGGUAGAAAGUUAUAUUUUAAUUUGACCUGACACUCAGUGCUACGACCGGGUCCUGCAUAGACGUGUGGACAACUCUUCUCCAGAAGACGAUCAGAGCAUUCUGUUCGAAACGUCGAGUUGAAACCAACGGUUC